AAUGAUCAAGAGGACCGCUGGUUAAAACAGUAUCAAUUCUGUGGUUAGACCAGAGAAGUAGAUCAUAUUAAACAGUCGUGAAAAUGGAUGCCUUGGAGACAAAGAGCACAGACAGUUAAAGUGAAAUUAGAUAGAGGGAGUGGCGUACUGACAAGAAAGACCAUAGAGAUGAAGAAAUCAAUAGGGGAAGGAUGGCCAUGUCCAGACAUGAUGGAUCAUAAUGAGCGCUUAUUAUCACUCUGGCACUGUCUUACACCAUACUACAUCGUCUCUCUCUCACAGAUAUGCGCUCAUCUGAUUCUAAUAGAAACCAUAGAAACAGAUUAGGCAGCCAGACAGAACACAGGGGGCGUCAGCUUUUCAUGCAUCAAGUCAUCACACUCUCUCAUUUGAUUGAAGACAGCCCCUGGCGCCUUCAAUUUAAAAAAAAAUCAUAAUAGAUGUCUCUUUUCCACCUCAUUAGUUCAUGUCCAGCUGUGGCUUGAGUUCAGUGUGAUGAGUUCAGAGAUGAUCCUUGUUCACCUGAAUUCAACUUAUUACAAAGGGUAUUUCGGUAGUAAAAGUGUGUUGCCAUCAGAUUGAGCUGACAUCAACAUUAUGUGAUGUUAAAAACGCAGGUCCUAAGGAUACAGGGUUACACAGAAAGAUUAGACUUGGCUGACUUGACAUUUUAAAAUGCUUUGGAAUAAUGUAAACAAACCAGCAUGGCGUAUGUUGGACAAGUUUUAGUCCAAAACAUUUAAUCCAGUUGCUCUUUAGUCAGAAUGUUUCUUAGCAUGAAAAUACCAUAAAACUGACAAGGAAACAUUACUGCUUCUCUUAAAAAAAUAGCAGAAUUAAUAAAAUGUUAUUAUCUGUCAUUUGGAAAAUAUUGUGCAGCGAGGUAAUAUAUCUUUUUUAUUCUCAGAUCUAGAGUGCAUGAUAUGGAGAAGAUCAUUUGCUGUGUUUGUGUGCGUGCCUGUGUACUGUGGGGGUAGGGCAAGCUGGGUUAUGAUUAUGCUUGCACUUCAAAGGUCAUUUGCAGCAGUAAUGCUACUUUUGCUAUCGUAGGGGUCAUCCAAGGUGAAACCAAGCAGUUUCCUCAUUCACUCUCUCUUUCUUUGUAACAUAUAUCCAUGUUGCUGGGUCAUCAUGACCAGUUCUGUGCUGCUGCAGGGCUCUGAUAUAGCUUGUUUCAGUGUUGCAGUGCCGUAAAGUUAGCAGCGGUUCGUAGCACUGCUGAAGGUGCACAUGCUGUUCUGGCAAAAGCGAUUUCUCUACAUUGGGUGUGGUGAGUUACCCUGCCUGUGCGAUAAGAGCAGAACGGGCCCCCCGGGAGCCCAGUCAUUCAAAUUCCCUGAGCAAACCCUGUACAAUGGAUUCACCAAAAAUAGAAACAACUGGCAACAUCAACAAAUUCUGAUAAAAAAAAAAAAAAAACAACACUUUGUAACCCAUGAUCUCUUCUGCAUGUGAUAAAUGGGGAAUUUGGUUUAUGAGUGAAAUAAUAAACAUGAUGUUAUCGCGAGUUCACAUCUGUGUGAGAUCACCACAGUAUUUCUGUGAUCAUGAUAAUGGUGCUUUUUAUUUAGAAAUACUUGAGCUCAUGGAGAAUAUUAUCUAGGAUCUUUUAUGUAUGAGAGAAAUCAUCUGUUCGUGAGAAGUCAGGUAGUCAUAGAAAUAGUGAGCAGAGUGAUUAGUUUAGCCUGUCUCUCUCUCUCUCUCUCUCUCUCUCUCUCUCUCUCUCUCUCCCUUUCUCUCUCUCUCACCAGCAGGCAGGUCAGCCUCCUCUUUGCUCCUCCCCCUGCUCUCACCUGGCGCUCAGCCCAGAAUGUUGCUGCAACUCUGCUAGCUCUCAUUGGUCCCCGCUCUCACACCGCUUCGCAAGAAGGGAAAUGACUAACCUCUUCUCCCUCAUGCCCUGCCUCGACUUCCCCUCUGCUUUCACUCUCUUCCUUUCCUUCACCUCUAAACACAAUUUGCUAUGGCCGGCUUUGCUGUACUCGACAAGGAAGUGCCUUCCCUGAUGUCUGCUGCAGCUUUGACCUGCUUCUACAGCUGAAGCUCCACCCUGCCCCCCCGCCUCGCUCGCUUGCUGCCACAGUAACACGAGUACAAGACAGUGACCACACCCUCCUCGCAGCCUACGCUCUGACCUGCUCGUCCACCCACCACCAUCACCAUCCACUCCUCGCAGCCGGGCUCAGCCUCAAGCUCUCUUUUACCAGACGGCCACCGCUGCCAACUGCUCUCCACCAGCUGACCAGCCUUACCACAGCAGCCCAACAAACCAUCAGGCCCACGCAGCAUCUCACCCACCUUGCCUUUAACCUUCGCCUUCAACCCUCUAAGCCUCCACUUGGUCCUCAGUGUCCUUAACCUUCCUGUAGCAGGCUACACCCAGACUAUCACCUUUGUUGCCUGCUUCACUGCACUUGGCUUUUGAAUGUUGUAGAUGAGACCAUUCAGCAAGCAGCAGUAAGGGAGCCAAGAGUGACAGCUUAAUUUUUAGUCUAAGUCGCCUCCUGGAUAUAAACUCUGUGGUUGAUUGAUCAGGAUAAUUGUCUAAUAACAUUCACAGCGAAACAUCAUCCUGCAACAUUUCACUUUGGAAAAGGAGCCCUCUCAAUCAAUAGGAACUUUGAUUUUCAUUUCAACGUUUUAAAGUAUCAUAGACUCUAACAACAAAUAAGCCAAAAAAAAAAAAAGACCUUAAAGUUGUGGAAUAAAACACUAGAGGUACUUUACUCGUGCUUGAACAGAUUUCAGCUCGGAAUACCUUUUUUUGCCAGCGUGUUGCCAUGGCGAUGAACAUGGCACACAUCCGCGACACAAAGUGGCUGACACUUGAGGUAUGCAGGGAGUUUCAGAGGGGCACUUGCUCACGCUCUGACCAGGAGUGCAAGUUCGCUCAUCCGGCCAAGAGCUGUCAGGUGGACAACGGACGGGUCAUCGCUUGCUUCGACUCACUCAAGGGCCGUUGUUCCAGGGAGAACUGCAAGUAUCUGCACCCUCCUCCCCACCUAAAGACCCAGCUUGAGAUCAAUGGCAGGAACAACCUGAUCCAGCAGAAGAACAUGGCCAUGCUGGCCCAGCAGAUGCAGCUCGCCAAUGCCAUGAUGCCUGGCACGCAGCUACCACCUAUGGUGAGAGGACACACACGUAUGAACACACCACAGCUACUGCCAACGCCCAUGUUCUCCAUGACGCCAGGCCUGGCCACCAACGCCAGCGCAGCAGCAGCUGCAGCCGCGGCCUUUAAUCCCUACCUGAGCCCAGUGUCACCAGGCCUGAUGCCCCAGGAGAUCAUGCCCAGCACCCCUGUCCUCAUGGCCUCCAGCCCCACUGUCAGCCAAGUCCCCAACGCUGCCGCUGCUGCAGCCCAGAAACUGCUGAGAACAGAUAGACUUGAGGUGUGUCGGGAAUAUCAGAGAGGCAACUGCUCUCGGGGGGAGAACGACUGCCGCUUUGCCCACCCCGCAGACAGCACCAUGAUCGACACCAACGACAACACCGUCACCGUGUGCAUGGACUACAUCAAGGGUCGGUGCUCCCGAGAAAAGUGCAAGUACUUCCAUCCGCCGGCCCAUCUGCAGGCCAAAAUUAAGGCUGCCCAGCACCAGGUGAACCAGGCCACAGCCGCCGCGGCCAUGACUCAGUCGGCUGUCAAAUCACUGAAGCGACCCCUCGACGCAACCUUUGACCUGGGCAUCGGCCCUAGUGUCAUGGCUCCCCUGCCCAAGCGGGCAGCCCUGGAGAAGGCCAACGGGGCCUCUGCCAUGUUUAACACCGGCAUGCUCCAGUACCAACAGGCCCUGGCCAGCAUGCAGUUUCAGCAGCAGGCUGCUUUCCUCCCAUCAGGCUCAAUAUUGUGCAUGACACCUGCAGCCAGCAUUGUUCCCAUGAUGCACGGUGGUAGUCCAGCCACUGUGUCUGCAGCCACCACAUCUGCCACAAGCGUUCCCUUCGCAACUGCCUCCACCAAUCAGGACUCUUCCUUUUCAAAGUUGACUACCAACGAAUACAUGCAAUUGAUUCCAAUAAUAUCUGCAGAUCAUCUGAGUAGUCACAAGUACUUGACUCAAAUGUAGUUCCUCUCAAGAACAAUCAAAUGAAUGUGUGCUGGCACCGUCCAAGCCAAAAGAGUUCAGCCUUUAUGUACAUAACCUUCAGAAUGUCAAGCAAUGGGACAAGGAGGGUCUGCCAUCUCUCAGCCGGUCCACAACGAUGGUCUCAUCACACAUGUAAACAUCAAGGGUGCAACACAUGAUCUGUGCCAUCUUCCCACAUAUCAAUGUCAAGAAGAAUUUGUUGUCAAAUUCAACGUCCAGCCGAGACAAGAGGACAUCUUGGUGCCAGGGUCAGUGUGUCUCUCCCUCUACGGGAAACGUUCACAUUACACCUCUGUGUCUGACAAAAUCAUAGCGCUCAAUUUGUUCUAAUUAUUAUCAUUACUGCACGCACAGAGGAUCAAGAGCGUGGUUGCAUAAAGCAACAUCCAGUGCUGGUACAUUAGUAGACCAAGAUUUUUCUUUCCUUUUUUAUUUGUUCUGCUUUAUUUUUAUUUUUUUUAAUUGAUAGCCAUAUUUCAUAGUUUACAAGUGAAAUGCAAACAUGCACCUUGAAUUUGAAUUGAAAUCUGAAAGGCACAAUGAUUUUAACAGGAAUUUUAUUCGCCAAAAUAAUUAGGCAUGUACAGUAUUGUGUUUUUACGGCUACUAGUGAAACUAGAUGUUGAAAUGAGGGUCUUGGACAUAUGAAUGUUCUGGGUAAACCAACAUACCUGUGUACCUUGAAAGCACAGCCAGGCUAGCUUUUCUCACCUUGUCAUGUGCCAUCAAGGCCAUACAGCUAAAACCAGAGUGUUAUCUCAGCAGUGUUAUUUGUUUACCGAAGGUAAAAGUUUUGUAUGGCUCUUUUUGUAUUGUUUUGUUUUAAUAAUCUCCAUUGUGAGUGUUUAUUUUUUACUUUUUUUUUGUUUUCAUUUCUCUAAUUAAUCAGAUUUAGAAGUGGGGUUUUUGCCAAUUUCUUUUUUUUUUAUUUUUGUUUUUCUUUUAAAAUCAAAAAUGGAGGGUUUUUCUAAAGUUUGUCAAACCUCUUUUCAUAGACUAGUGUUGUUUUUGUUUGUUGGGAUUAAGUUGUUGCUCAAGUCCAUUAAAGCCUGGUGAAGUAGAGGGUGUAGCUUCAAUUGACAAUGUGUUACAUUGUUCUCCCUCUUCUAAAGAGGAGCGACUUUAAAACUGUGUCUCCAAGAAGCACUGUUGAGCCAUGUGUUGAUGGUAAUUUAAAAACAACAGACCCUGAAGGUCUAUUAGGUCAUUUAAGCCACAUGUGCACUUGAAUGAUUGUUUGUCUGAUCACCCUGUUUUAAUUUUACAACCCAUCUUAAACUGAACUUUCACUUUCGAGGAAAUACAACACGUACUGUGUUAGUGUUUCCAAGCAAAACAUGAAGGUUCUCAUUCAUUUGUAGAUCUGACAACAGAAACCAAAGCACAGUUUGUCUCUCAAUCGUAUUCACAGAGGGUUACAGAAGCAUCUCUGAAGAGGCUUAAACAAUUAAAGAAACAUCUUUCAGUCAUCUGUCCGUUUUAUGAUCACUUCCCUUUUCUGUUUUCACAGAGGUGUGUAGUGUGUCUUUACCGAUUGUAAUGUACCUAACAAAGCCUUAGAUUACAAUUACUGGGUCUCAGCCCAAUCAAAUGUACUUUCAAUCACCAUGCAGGUAAAGAACACCAAUGAUGUUUUAUAGUUGUCUCACAUGCCGCUUAUGAUCUCUUUUUUUUCUUUCUCUCUAUGUAAAAGUAACAAUUACUCUUAAAUUUCAUUGAACUUAUGUGUUAUGUACUACUUAAGGAUUUGAAUCUAUUUGAGGUAUGUAGUUGUAGAUUUUUCUUUUUUUUUUGCCUUACUAUAUAUUACUUGACAACAUUGAUAUAGCCGUUGUAGAUUUUGAGGUAGUAUGACAUUCAUAACUUUUUCAAACCAUAUAAAUGAUAAUGUGUUGAGUCAGUUUUAAAUAUUCACUUCAUUCAUAUAGCUGGAUGUCUUUUUCAGUUGAUGUUACAUUAUCAGUUAAUUUUGUUGAUGAAAGACUUUUUUGAUACAAGGAAUGAGAUCAAUUAAUUUGCUGCCAUCUGCAGCGUCUCUGAAUAGAGAAAAAAAACAACUAAUGUUUUAACCAACUUAAAUUGUCCUUGUAACAUGUCAAGAUCAUGUUUGAAAAUAUAUUGUGUUGAAAUAUCCAUGUCCAUGUUUUAGAGUAAAAAUUAUUUUCUACUGUAUCCAUUUCAAAAAGAUAUGUACUUUUGUUUGAAUAUUUCUUAAGUUUGCCCUGAAUGUCAGGCCAAAACGAGCAGUGAGAUUGACGGGUGUUUGGAUGUUUGGUGGAUAGUGAGAUUAGGAGUGAGAAAGCAAAGACUUCUCCGGGUCGGAGAAGUCAGUAAUUCUGCAGAUGAUGAGUUCUAACCUAAGGGACGAAGGUUGACUUUUUGCACUUCUGUAUAUAGUCAAAUGAACAGAGAAAAAAUGUGUAUAAUAUUGAGAUAUUAUUUUGAAUAAAAAAAGAUCUAUAAUUAUAAGGAAUUUUGCUAGAUUAAUUUAAAUUCUUAAAUUAGAAGACCAGCUAAAAAAAUUGCUUGCAAAGAAGGGCACUAGUUUCUUGGCCAAUGCAUUCAGAGAAAGCUAUGCGCUUUUUGUCUUAUUUUAUCAGUGGCUAGUAUUGCCAGGGAAUGUUCUAGGGGAAUAAAAUCCCCAUGUCAUGCUAACUCCACCCCUCCUGUAGGAUGACACAUCCAAUAAUGUCCAUAUGUCAUUUGUUAGACUUGGUCAUGCAGUAUUGCUGCUCCCAUGGUACAGUUGAUACAUAAACCUCUCAAAAAUUGUAUUCUAUUAUAGUUUGAUUUGACUGCAUGUACAAGUACAAACAUGUAAACAAAAGAAUCUGCGUAGUUAUGUAAAGAAAGGUAACACAUUCAGAUUACAGAAUACACAAUAAUAUGUUUGUUUGUUUUUUCAAAUUAUACAUACAGUAGAUAACAUCCACAGUGGGGAGAAAUAAUACUUCAAAAAACAAGUCAUCUUACUCUUGUGUGAUAAAAAAUAUUUUCCAAGCAAACAUGUUAUUUAAAGAAUGAUAAAAUAUAAGCACUCAUCCACCCCAGAUACUUUCUCAUAGCCAUAUAAUUACAGUUGACACUGACUCACAGGAAGUUGUUCCUGCUAUCAUAGCUGUGCACUCAGCAGGUGAAGGCUCACCACACCAAAUGCGUAUUUGGCAAAUUAGUCUUUGAAAUGAAUGUAACAGUCACCGGUCAACAUGUUUCUGACUCGAGGCUGCUGUAUAGUCGCUACAGAACCAAAGUACCAUUUUCUUCAAACCAGUUGUUCAGUCACCUGGCUGCAACCAAGGUUUAUCUUCCCUGCUGAGGGCACAUGUACGCUUUGACUGCUUUUUACUUGUAAGUGCAACCACCUACGUAUUUGCUAACAGUUGCCACACAAUAAUGUACUAUUCUGUCUUCAGAUUUGUUUAUGCACAUUUUAUUGUUGCCAUAAUUGACUCUUGCUGUAUGGAUGAAAAAAAUCUGAAUAAAACAAUAUUUGAUUUGCUCAUGCAA